AAAGAAUGUUUCAGCAGUUUGGUCGAAUGGGGUGACAUGAAGAAACUCAGUGCAUACGUACAACAAGAAGACCUUUUUAUAAGCCAAGCAACCGUUGAAGAACAGCUGAUGUUCACGGGCUACCCAUUUGGAAAUGUUUGGUUGAAAAUAUUCAUUUCACUCCCGAGAGAUAUGAAUAUCUUAUCGAAUCCGAGGAUUUUAUUCUGUGAUGAACCGACUUCUGGCCUGGAUUCGUUUAUGUCGCUACAAAUUGUUGUGGCACUCAAAAUGUUUGCCUCUCAAGGAAAGACUGUUGUUACCACAAUUCAUCAGCCUUCAAGUCAAGUUUAUGAAAUGGCAGAUAGGUUGAUUCUAAUGGCGAAUGGGGAAGUGGCAUUUCAAGGGAAUGCUUCCGAAGUGGGGGAGUUCCUAAAUGAUUGUGGAUAUCCUUGUCCCAGGUUCAUGAGUUUACCCGACCAUAUGAUGAAAGUUCUAUCACAAGACGAUGAUGUUUCUGAACGAGAAUUCAUCGAGAGGGUUGAGGUAGGUUAUAGGUUGUAUCAACCCUAUGAACAAGUAGGCCUCGAUAGAGGAAGACUCGGCUGGUUGUUAACUUCUACACCUAGAUCAGUAGCAGUAACCAAUAUUCGCUUUCCUUUUCCUGGUAUUUCGGUUGUUCUAUUCAUUUUGAUUCAGCUUUUCAUCGCGGAAUUGCCUGUGGUAAUUCGAGAGUAUCAGUCUCACACAUAUGCUCCAAGUGCCUACUUCAUCGGAACCAUUCACAAUGGAAAUGGAUUACAUCUACAAAGAAGAAUGAUUCCACGGUAUGUGAGGCUCGAUAGUAGACUGUGGUCAUCACCCAAGCAGGCUGGUGCUCAGGAAAUCCUCUCAAUUUCAGCGGGCUUUUUAAUCGAUUUGAGAACUGUCCCAUUUUAUUUCAAGCCACUCACAUAUAUAUCUUGGUACAAAUAUGCAUACGAAGCUCAUCUCAUAAUCCUGCUAAACCCAAUCGACACUAUACCCGGCGCCACUGUGUCCGCUUCAUGCACUCUGCCAUGCGUAGGCUCUUUUCAGGUUCUUAACUUACUUGGCUUUGAUUCGAACUACUUUUGGAUCAACUUCGCUAUACUCCUAUUCAUACUGUUCUUCCUACGUGGACUGGCUUUGGUCGUCUUUUCACUCAGAAUACGACACAGCUAG